AUGGUGGUCGUUCGCGAGUCUCCCCGGGCAAAGCAGUCUCCUUCCAAGAACCUGUCAGAAUGGCCUCCUCGAUCACCUUUCCAGGCAUUGAUGUCGUCGCCGAGCGGAAGAAGAAAAUGGCAGGAUCACCAGAGUCGCGCGGCCGCAGAGAGGUCACCAUCGCCGAGCCCGAUCAGAAAAUCCGUACGGAGUUCGGAGGCAUUGCGACGCAUGGCAAUGGACGAUGAGGAGGAGGAUGAUGAUGAUGCUGAAGAGGAUGAGGAGACGCUACAAUUGCAACUACGGGCCAUCCAGGCGAAGCUCAAGUUGAAGAAAUUGAAGAGUAAGCGGGACGCAGAGGACGAUACCAGGAGGGAUACCGUUGCAAGUAAUGUGCGAGCAUCUUCUCCUCGCAAACUCGCAACGGAGUCUAUGACACGGCCGCGACACGAACCUGAGGUUGAGGUUCCUACAUCACCUGUGAGGACACUCCGGCCUCCCGAAGAGCAAAUGUCUCCUGCAAGACGAAAGCUGGGCCUGACAGCGAUACCUCGAGCUGAGGAUAUCUCCCUUAAGCGUGCGCGCGAUGGGCAUGUGAUCAAGCGGUCGAGCUCCAUGAAGUCUGCUGCCCCAGCGCCUUCACAACCUCGACCGCUGAGCUUCAACGAAAGGCUGGCCCUUCAGAAGGACAAGGAGGAGGAGAAGCAAGCGAAACAGGAACGCCUGCAGAGAUUACGAAAUUCAGGGUUCGAUCUGGGGAGAGCUGGGUCUUCAUUGCAGGACUACCAACACGAGCGGACUCCCGCGAGGUCAUCGAGAGCCACGACUGAAGCAGCCAAGCGACCUUCGUCCGCGGGAAGGACGCCUGGCGUCGACCAUAUCCACCUCAAAAAGCGACUCAUACAGCAUCCUGUCAUUGCUCGAGAGAUGGAAGGGAAGGAGAUUUAUACACUGCCUCGCCUUCUGAAAGAAGUCAAAUCUCCUGAAUACGAACCACCUGAUUGCGAAUCAGAUUACGUUGUCUUUGCCGUUCUCGCCUCGAAAUCGACACCUUUCGAUCAUGCACAAACUCACCGCACCAACGACUCCCACGCCAAAGACAAUCUCGACGCCCCACGCAACAAGUUCAUGGUUCUCAAACUUUGUGACCUCAAAUGGGAGGUUGACUGCUUCCUCUUCGGUACUGCUUUCAAUCAAUUCUGGAAGCUCACUCCAGGCACACUACUCGCCAUUCUGAACCCUGCCAUUAUGCCACCAAAAGGCAAUCAACACUCCGGCCGAUUUUCUCUCAAGCUCGGCAGCUCUGAGGACGCGGUGAUGGAGAUCGGUCUUGCCCGUGAUCUUGGCUACUGCAUCAGCAUGAAGAAGGAUGGCCAACCCUGCGGCGAUUGGGUUGACAAGCGCAAGACAGAAGCUUGUGAAUUCCACAUCAGUCUGCAAAUCGACAAAGCCCGCAAGCAUCGCAUGGAGGUCAAUACAAUGUUCCGAGAUCCCGACGGCAACAAAGACGAUCGCACGAAAAGUCGCGUUGCACGUGUGCGUGGAGGACGAAGCGCGGCCACCCUGCUUGACGCCGACAAUACUGACGCUUUGCACAACAUGACGCAAGAGGAAGCGAGUCGGAAACGCAUCGCCAACGCUCAGAAGGAACGAGACUUGGCGAAGCAACUCGGCGACUUGGGCAAUGGCGUCGGAGCUGAGUACCUCCGCGCAACGCAAUACUCCAUGACGUCCACCGUCACGACGACGAAGUCAUCAAGUUCAAGACCGACUGAAGCGGCGGCGGAAGCAGCACGGAAGGAACUCUUCACCAAGCCUUCGGCGGCAGAGCUCGGCUUACUGAGCCGCAAACCGGACAAUUUGCAUUUAUCUCCUCCGAAGAAUCGCAAGUCUCAUUUCGGACUAGGACCGCUGGCGCACGCGAAGCACGGCACGAAGAACGACACGCCGAUGGGCUGGGGUGGAGCGAAGAAAUGGGGUCUUCUGCAGCCCUCUGCCGCUGCCAAGAUUCGUCCAAGAUCGCAGGAAAGCAGUCUUCGCAGCGCGAGAAGUCGGAGUCCUGUGAAGAAGAGGGCGAGAUUGCAGGUCCCGUUCAAAGGCAUCCGCGAGCCGGGGAGGGAGAGUCUGCCUGGGGCCGAAAUGCUCGUAGACGAGGAUGAUGAUGAGCUGGAGAUUGUGUGA